AAAGUCUGACAAAUCACAACACAAACCAAGAGUUUUUCAAAACUCAACAUAAAAACCAUGUCUUCAAGCAAUGGCCGUGCUGCCAGUGAAAUCUUUAAAGGCCAAGCUCUCGUAUACAGACACCUAUUUGCCUUUGAAAAUUCCAUGUCUCUUAAAUGGAUCGUCGAGUUGGGCAUACCAGACAUAAUCCACAACCAUGGCCACCCCAUAACCCUUUCAAAUUUGGUGUCAAUUUUGCAAAUUCCACAAGAAAAGAUCGGUAACGUGCGUCGUCUCAUGCGCUACCUCGCACACAAUGGAUUCUUCGAAAUCGUAAGAAUCCAUGAAGACCAAGAAGAGAAGGAAGCAUAUGCUCUCACUCCUGCAUCAGAGCUUCUUGUCAAAAGCAGUGAAAUGUGUUUAGCUCCAAUGGUUGAGUGCAUUCUUGACCCAACUUUGUCAGGCUCAUACCAUUUGUUGAAGGAGUGGAUCUAUGAAAAAGAUAAGACACUAUUCAACGUCUCAUUGGGAUCUGAUAUAUGGGAUUUUCUUCAGAAAAAUCCUUCAUAUAAUAGCAUAUUCAAUGAGGCAAUGGCCAGUGAUUCUCGAGUGUUAAACUUGGGACUGAGAGAUUGCAAUUCGGUCUUUGCGGAAUUGGAAUGUGUGGUGGAUGUUGGUGGUGGAACCGGAACCACGGCUAAGAUUCUCUGUGAGAAAUUUCCUAACUUGAAAUGCAUAGUGUUUGAUCGUCCACAGGUUGUGGAAAACUUGUCCGGAAGCAAUAAUGUGAGUUAUGUUGGUGGGGACAUGUUUCAAUCCAUUCCUAAGGCUGAUGCAGUUCUACUUAAGUUGAUUUUGCAUGACUGGAUUGAUAAGGAUUGCAUAAAGAUAUUGCAAAAAUGUAAGGAAGCUAUUUCAGAUAAUGGGGAAAAGGGAAAAGUGAUUGUCAUAGACAUUGUGAUAAAUGAAAAGCAAGAAGAGCACGAAAUUACUGGAACGAAGCUGCUUAUGGAUGUGAACAUGGCAAGUCUUAAUGGAAAAGAGAGAGAUGAACAAGAGUGGAAGAAACUCUUCCUGGAAUCAGGCUUCAAAGACUACAAAAUUUCUCCUUUGACUGGAUUGUUGUCUCUUAUUGAGAUAUAUCCUUAAUCACUUUUGUUAUGCACGCGACCAAAUAAAGUUAUUGCAAUAUGUAUUUGAUUUCCACAUUACUGCUAGUCUGUUGAAUAAAUCGUGAUGAAGAGUAAAAGAAGAAUUUAUAAGAAA